GCCCCACCAUGUUAGAGGAACAGUUGCUUUGCAAACAUUGGAUUUUAUAAAUGUUCUGUCAUAGUCCCACCAGCAGUGGUUUGGGCUUUGAAAGUUUUAUUUUCACUCAGUCUCCUACUUAUUGUUGAAAUAAUAGCUUUUUAAAUGACAGGAAUUAGAUCAUGUUUUACAUUUUAUUUCAAACACUCCUGUGUAGAUUCUCAGUCACCUUGGACAUGACAAUCCUGGUUGACCUCUUCAGUUCUGAACAUGGUUGGAAAUAACUAGCUUACAAGUUGCAGUCAGAACAAUCUAACUAGUGGGGUCAUUAAGGUCACGUGACUUUAGUCACAUGCCCCAAGGUGUGAACGGCUGCAUAUUUGCCUGGGAAGACAAGUCAGGGACAGAGAGUAGGUGUUAGAAAGAUUAGAUCUGAAGCCAACUCCUCCAUUUAGUGUUGGUUUUUCGUGUUUAGGAAACUUUUUUCACUCCUCUGUCAAAUAACCUGUUUUCCAUCCAAAAUGCCUUUCAACAAGCAUUUCCUGUCCUGGAGAUGUGAAUCAACUGUUGUUACUUCCACCCAUGUUCAGAACUAAAGAAGCCUUUUGGAUGAAAUGUGAAACAUCAACAUCCAAAACAAGAAAAUAUCUCCAGUUGCCUUCAACUUAAGCAUUUAAGGUUUUAUUUCACAAUAUGUUUUAGCUUUAUGUAAAUGCUGUGUCUCUGGUUCCACCUGGCCAUUAAUAUUUCCUCUCAUUUCCUUGAUUGAAUUUAUUGAAGAUUCCCAAAAAUUUAAAACAAGCCAAAUAUUGGAACGAAUAAUGCCUGAGACUAUAUAUCAACUCAUGCCUUCUGUCUGAGACAUUAAAUAAGGCACCUUGAAGUCUCAGGAAAAAGUCAUCCCAAUGGAACAGAAAUCUUCUCUUCAUGGGUUUUCCUCCUCACUUCUUUCUGCGCAUUCAGACUGAAAGUGCGCGUCUGAUGACGCAGCUGUCUGCUGCUGCGUCACCAGACGCGCACUUCCAUGAACCCUUCUCAGUUCUCGUCCAGUGCGCAGCAUUUUCAUUUCUCCAUUUCUACAUUUUAAUGUAUUUAUUCCUAAAAUCCGAGUCGCUGCAGACACGCAUAAAUAAUCUUUUUCCAUGUUUCUCCACCCUCUCUGAAGCUCCUUCCAUCUCAUCUCCUCCUCUCCAACCCUUCCUGGUGUUGAACCUCAGAAUAAAGGCUGCAGUUCAGUUGCGGGAUGAAGUGACUAAACCGAUGCUGCAACCGUCCCAUCCCGUCCUCGCCGGCGUUUCUGCAGACAGGAUGAGGAAGAUGAUGAGGAGGAGGGAUUCACUGACAUCAGCACCGCGGCUCUGCACAGCAACGAGCGUGCUGCCUCUGUGCAGGACCACUUUCCUCCGAACCGGUCUGGGUUCGCUCUGCGGGCUGCAGGCGCUGCUCUAGCGGACAGUUGGCGCACCGCCGCCUCUGCAAAGGCGCAAAAAGAGGCGUCCGUGCGGGUUUAGCGGUGACUUUGCGUCGUGUUUUGGGGGGAGCAGUUUCUCCUGGUUGAAUGUGACUGACUGACCUGCUGGGAGGAUCCUGCUGCAUUUUUCAUGACUCAGGAGGUCAUUUCAGUUUAUUCUGAGUUUCUAGGUUUACGUCUCCCACAUUCAGACCUGAAUGAUGCACACUGUCAUUUUAACAGGAUUAACGGAUGAAAUGUUAAUAUUUUAACUUUAAAUCCAGUUUUCAGGAGGCAGAAGCUUGCAGGAGAGGAGUCCACAUCCUGCACUGCAGUGUGUGUGCAUGUGUCUGAGUGUGUAUCAGUGUGUCCUGAAAAACCUGUACCAGUCUGCAGGAACAUCUCAUCCUUCCAUCCGUCGGUCCAUCUGCUCAGAACCUGCAGGCCUCAGACUGGAACAGACAGGAGGCGAUACAUGAAGGAACCACACUGUCUGCAGGAUUCCUCUCACUUUCAGAAGUUCAGUUUCUACCUCAAGGCUUUGACUGAAUCCACACCACUGUCUGGUCCUGCUCAGCACAGCCCAGCAGAUCUCAGGCAGCCGCAGCAUCUGUCCGGGUUCACCUCAGGAACUUCUAGCAACAUUCUUUCUGAAGUUGCUUUUCUAUCAGGAAUAAUCCGAGUUUUCAGCUGUGCAUGCGAUGGCUUCUGAAAGUUUCCAGUACCGGGCGCUAUUUGAAUACAAGAAGGAGCACGGGGAUGACCUCAGCCUGCAGCCUGGCGACCUGCUGACUGUCCCAAAAGUCUUGCUGAUGUCUGCAGCCGGACUGGAGAACCAGGAGGGUGAUGAACGGAGCCCAGCAGGCUGGCUGCAUGGUGUCAACGAAAGGAGCAAGGAGAAAGAAAACUUUCCAGGGACCUUUGUCGAAUACGUUGGGACUGUGAUGACCUGUCAUCCUGGAGGGAAAUCCUGCCCCCAACCUGCCCCCUUGACCCCCAAGGACCCACAGGGCAUCCUGCAGCCUCCCAGAGCAUCUGCAGCUUCAAAGAGUCAGACUGUGGAGGAGUGUGGGCAGAGGCUGAAGAUCAUCUUAGAGUCUCAAAGUAACCCUCAGCCCACCAUCAUCUCCUGGUCCACCUCAGCCAGUAUCUAAACCAUGUCAGCCAGUUAAGUCACACCAGCCCACGUCUGCUGGGACAGACCUUCACAAAGAUCUUUUUCAAGCACUACCUGAGGGCCGAGGGGAUUCAGAAGCUUCACAUAAGGAUCUUAGAAGCUCUCGCUGCAUUUGGAGGUCUUGAGAUAGAGUCAGCACCAGGAUACCUACAGGGGCUAAAGAGACCGACAGAGGAGGUUCCUUUGACCUGAACCUAAACAGAGGAUGGAUGAGAUAUAUGACUUCUUAAAAUCACGGGAUGUUUCAGAGGAAGUCAUACAACGACUGGAAAAAGAUAAGAUUGACUCCAGUGUCCUUCUGCUCAUGACAGAUGAGCAGCUUAAGGAGUAUCUCCCAUCGUAUGGUGAUCGACUUGCACUUCUUGGAUAUUGCAGACGGAGGGAAAAUGAUCCUGCUGGCCGGAAAUCAAAACGUUUUGACCAAUUGAGAGCCAAGAUUUCAAGGAACAAAGGCAACGAUCAGAAGCAGGUCUCAGAAAAUGUUAGCAUCAGAAAUGCUCAAAAAAGUAUCCAAAAAGUUGAGAUAGGAUGGCUGAAUUCUCGAGAUGGGAAGUUUUUUCAAGUUAGGACAAAGAAAGGUGGUGGAACAAGAAAAAUUGAUGUGUCAAAGGACUGUAGAAAAAAUGAGUUAAUUGAAAAGACAGUGGGUUUGUUUUUUCCGUCUCAAAGAAAUUCACAGGGAAGAAUUACAGAUUUUGAGGUUGACAUGACAGAUUUUCAGGAACAUUCACUUGAUCAACAUAUUACCGUUGGAGAACUUUAUGAACAGACAAAACUACCUGUUUUGCAAUUUUACCUAACAACCAAAAAGAAGGACACUGGCAGUGACUCAGAACCAGACAACCCCAGUGGAAAUGAACAAGGAGCUUUAAGUUUUUCCACUCACUCUCAGGUUUGCACACCACUGAGUCAAUCCAAAGCACCAGACAGUGUUGAUGUCAUAUAUGUUGGAACCAGCAGUGACCUGACUAACAGCGGCAGUGAUAACGUUCACCUAGUUUACUCUACUGAUGACAUGGGUGAUUUGUCCUAUGUCCAAGAACUAGAUGCAGCAAUCCAUGUUGACAUUUUAGAAGACAGUGGCACUGUUAAAGUUUUCACAGGACACAUUUCUAACACAGAUAGUCUCAGUCUUGAUGACACCUUUCCGCUGUCUUCACAGUCAUCUAGUCCAGUGCUUUCUUCUUUACACUUUGAUUCUUUGGACGAGCCUAUUGUUCAGAGAAAAGGGAUUUAAAAAAAUCCUUGUUCUUCACCGUCCCCAAAUCCUGAAAGAACUAAUUUCACAUUUUUGUGAUCUAAGUGUCACUCAGGAGGACAUAUGUAUUCAAGUGUUGCUUCCUGAUGGAAGGCAAGAAAAGGCUGUUGAUGAUGCAGGAGUUUUGAGGGAUGUCCUCUCUGAGUUUUGGCAAGAGUUUUAUGAACAGUGCACAAUGGGCAAUAACUUUAAGGUGCCCUACUUGCGUCAUGAUUUUGGACAGCAACAAUGGGAAAGCAUUGGCUGAAUCAUUGCCUUUGGCUGGCAAAACCAGAAGUACCUGCCUAUAAAACUUGCUCCAGUAAUACUGGAACAAACAGCUCUUGGUUGUAUAAAGAGUCCUCUUGUUGAUAGCUUCCUAAGGUAUGUUACAGAGUCCGAUCGAAUGGUGUUUGAAUCUUGCCGUUCAGAUUUUCAGAGUGUGGACAGAGAAGAGCUUCUGGAAAUCAUGGAUCUCCAUUACUGUCGAAGAGUACCAAUAGCUGAUAACAUUGAGCUACUACUUGAGGAGCUUGCCCACUAAAAGCUCAUUCAGGAACCUGCCUUUGUUAUUGAACAGUGGAGCACUGUGCUUUCCCUGCUGAGGUCAGAGAUGGAAAGUAUUACAGCUGCAUAUGAAAAUCUCCAACCAACAUUAAGAGAGGUUAUACGUUCCAUUGAAUACCCUGCAGUCAUGAAUGCACAGCAGAAAAACAUCAGCAGAUAUUUAAGUUCUUAUCUCAGAAUCAGACACACAGCACCUGUCACUUUUUCUUUGGUUCUGCACAGGAUCUGAUUUGUUUCUUCAAAAAACCAUCAGUGUUAGCUUCACUCAACUUCAAGGUAUUCAGAGACGGCCAGUUGCCCACACAUGCGGUUGCUACCUAGAGUUGCCAGUUAUAACUAUCCAGAGUUUUGACACGAAAAAAAAACAAGGUCCUAGAAAGUAGUGUUUGGGUGAUGGAUAUAGUGUAACAGACUUCAGCUGAAGAACAUGUGAGUUUAAGGAUAUUUUUUGCAUUAAACUUUCAAAGUUAUUAUAAUCUUAAAAACAGUUUUUUAACUCAUCUUACCUCCACAGUGUUUCUGUUUUUGCUGUGUAUUGUUCUCUGGAGUAUUUCUAAGACCUGCAAUGUCACA